AUGCCACCGAACACGAACACAGCAUAUGAUGGAGAAAUGCUGCUAGGAACAUGCUACAGUAACGGAGGACCCUGUGGUACCCGCCCCCUUCUUCAGCAUGAGUGUGGCAAGUGUGAACAUCGGUUCUUUCAAAUAACUGACGACGCGAAUCAAAGUUUACCGACUAGAGGAUAUGGAAUAACGCGAGCUCUGACUAUCUUCGUUGCUUACGCUCCAACACCACGCUACGAAGAAGUCGAAGCUUUCCAUACAGACCUAGAGUUAAUAGAUAGUACCCUCCACAAGGUCAUUUUCAGUUAUUCCAAAAUUGGCUCCGGAAAAACGUCUGACAGAACUGAAGGAGACUACAAAGACAGAAGAUCAUGUAGCAUGAAGGACAGCCAUGCAAGCAAGCAAACAGCGUUUCAAAAAGGAUUCAGCACGAUUGACCAUAUUCACGCUGUUUCGAGACUCAUCGAGGUAUCACGAGAGUACAAGAUGCCACUGUGUCUCGAUUUCCUCGAUUUAGAGAAGGCCGUUGAUUCAAUUGAGACUGAAAGGAUCUUGGAACUUUCGGACAACCAAAGAGUCCCCACGCAGUACAUAAAGGUGCUCCGAGAGUAA